AUGGAGAGGCGCGGGGACAAGGGGGCGUCGGCGGCGGCGGCGGCGCGGGCGAGGCGCCACGCCGACCAGCCGUCCUUCUCGUCGUCGCUGCUGGACGCGAUAUACAGGUCCAUGGAGGACGAGCCGGGCCACCCCGCUGGGGACGCGGUGACUGCGGCGGCUACCAAGAAGAAGCAGCAGCAGGAGCAGGAGGAGGCCCUGCACUACAGCUACUACUACAGGCCGUCGCUGGCCGGGAGCUACCGGGCGCGCGCGCCGGCGCCCGGGCCGCACGCCACCACGUCCAGCUCCUCCGAGUGCUCCAGCUACGGCGGCUUCUCCUCGUCCGAGGCCGAGUCGUCCAGCCACCGCCGCCUGCGCCCCAUCCGCACCGCCGUGCCCGGCGGGCCGCCCGCGCCCGCGCCGGAGAAGAAGGCCAAGAAGCAGCCGGCGGGGGCCUCCAUCCGCGCCAAGCUCAGGGACCUCCGCAAGCCGGCCUCCCCCGGCGCGCGCCUCGCGGGCUUCCUCAACACCAUCUUCGCCGGCAAGCGCGCCGCGCCGCAGACGCCGCCCUCGGCCCGCACGGCGGCGGCGGCGGAGUACGCCUGCUCCUCGGCGUCGUCCUACUCGCGGUCCUGCCUGAGCAAGACGCCGUCCACGCGCGGGCACGCCAACCGCACCGUGCGGUUCGUGGACAGCGACCGCGAGGCGCCGGCGACGGUGCCCGGGGCGGACCGCCGGAGGGUGCCGGUGGAGCAGAUGCUGCUCCGGCGCAUGGAGAUGGAGAGCGACGAGGAGGACGACGAGGACGAGAGCAGCGACGCCAGCUCGGACCUGUUCGAGCUCGAGAACUUGGCCGCCGCCGCCGUGCCGCCGGGCGCAGGGUAUCGGGACGAGCUGCCGGUGUACGAGACGACCAGGGUGGUGCUGAACCCCGGCAUUGGCCACGCGUGCGGGCACGGCCGGAGCGCCAGAGUCGCCUGA